CAAAAAUUUCAGUAAAGAUAGAGACAAAGCAUACGGAAGUUUCCUUCUACACUUCACUGGCAUUCUUUGUCCCUUUCUCACUCUAAUUCAUCUAACUUCUCUCCAUCUUCAAAUUUUUUUAACCAUUAUAAGAUAUUGUAACUGUAAAACAGACUAUCUUUCCAUACAUAGCUGAUUAUCAUUUACUCCUCAAUCCCCCAUUUAUCUUUCUUGCUCAUCAAACCAUUCAAUUUUUAUAGAGGGUAUGGAGGAGAGUGACUUCCCGUCAUCAUCUACUCCUCCUCUUCCUCCUCUUCCUCCUCCUAUGGAACCACACAAGACAGAGCCAUCUCACUCUGAGUCCUCAAGCAUCAUCUCAGUAUCUGAAGAGAAGCAAAGAGAAAAGAGACAUGAAGUAGUAGAACUAGAAGACAAAGAUGAACAGAACAACAACAACUCUGAUCUUUUAUUAGAUCUUAGUCUCUCUACCAACAAUACUGAUGAUCAUGGGUUGAAAGCAGAACUCAAUCUAAUCGAUUGUUUCAACGUGGGUUCAUCUCAGAAUUCAACACCAGAGUCUCCCCAAGGUACUGAAGCAGAGCCAAGAGUCUUCUCCUGCAACUACUGCCAGAGGAAAUUCUAUAGCUCACAAGCACUUGGUGGGCAUCAGAAUGCUCAUAAACGUGAGAGGACUCUAGCAAAAAGAGGACAACGGCUUGGAGCGGCGGCGGCUGCUUUCGGGCAUUCGCCUUGUCACCGUUACUCAAGCUUGGCUUCUCUACCUUUACAUGGAUCAUUCAAUAGAUCUCUUGGCAUUCAGGUUCACUCCAUGAUCCAUAAGCCAUCUUACUAUCCUUCCUCUUCUGGAGGACAUCAUCUUUAUGGGCAUCAUGGAUGGUCUAGACCUCCUAUUGAUCAACAACCAGCAAUUGGGAGGUUAGCAGUAGAGGAUUAUCAUGUAGGAUCGGCGGCAGGGCCGUCGUCGAGAGGCGGCGCCGCCCGAUUUGAUGCUGUUAAGAUGUCUGCUCCUACUGCUGAUGAGGGAAUUGUUGGUGGGUAUUGGUGGACAGGUAAUGGGCGUUUGAAGACCAACCAAGAGGAGUCACAGAAGCUUGAUUUGUCCCUCAAGCUCUAAUAAGUGUAGUUCCUUAAUUUGAUUCCUUAGUUCCUCCAUUUUUUUUUUUUUUCUUGUUCUUUGUUAAUUAUUUUGCUCUGAUUUUGCUAUUUAGUAAGAAUUUCUGUACAUUUUUUAUGUAGGAGUCUUCUCUCUUCAGGAAUUUUGUUUCUAUUAUUCUUGAAUUGGAAGUUUUCAGAGAUUGAUAGAUGGAUCUAACUGAGAACUUGGAACUUAUUUUGGUUUUUUUGGUGAGACUUUUGGCCAUGUGAAAUGGGUCUGUUUCAGUUUCAUCAGUUUCAGUUUCAGUUUCUAAGAUCUUCCAGAAUCCCAAUUUUGGAAGGAAAUUUUGUAGAAAGUUAUUGACUUGCUAUGGGUAAUAAGAAAGCUACAAGACAUUCCCUAAA